AUGUCAUCCAACAUCCCACAGGAUCUGUGGCUUGAGCGAUCUCGUCUCGAUGGAAUGACGUUAGGUGCUGUAUCCUAUGGCGUGUUCUUUCUCCUUACAGUGCAAGCCGCGACUGCCCUCAUGCAACGGCCUCGACAUGGAAGGAAAGUUGCAGAACGUCGUCUCCGAUUCAUUCUUCUUUUCUACAUCAUCAUCACAUUCGUAUUGGGGACGAUAGGCUUUGCUGCGAACGCACGAUACACAGAGAUGAUCUGGAUAGACCUCCGCGAUGCGCCUGGUGGUCCAGUCGUACUAAUUGUCAACGAAAUGAAAUAUUCUAUCAAUGUCGUGGCACUUUCCUGUUAUUUCGUCAUGGAGUGGUUUAUGCAAGCCCUUCUUCUUCACCGAUGCUUUGUGAUAUGGAAUUGGACAAGAUAUGUGAUCAUCCCGAUGACCACUAUCUAUAUCGCCAUGAUUAUAACGUCUAUUCUCGUCUUGAUCCAGUCGAGCUUCGGCGCCAUAUGGUACAAUAUCAACACCCAGCUCAUCUACCUCUGCAUCGAAGUGGGACUCAGUGUGAUUUAUACCGUUCUCGUGACGAAUCGUUUACUCGUCAUGCGAGGCUUGAUGAAGCAGGUCAUGCGGGAAUUUGAUUCUAGCAUUUACGAUACCGUCAUCAUCAUGGUCAUCGAAUCAGCCAUGCUAUACUCUGUCUGCGCCAUUAUCUUCAUAGUUUCCUUCGGUCUGCAUUCUAGUGUCUCCAAUCUAUGCUUCCUGUCUAUUAGCCAUGUCCAGGGCAUUGCCCAAUUGCUCAUUAUCAUCCGUGUAGCACGGGGGCGGGCAAUCACAUGCGAGCGGUCAACCCCAGUUGCUGCAGUGUCUACGUCUAUAACUUUCUCAGGGACGGUAUCGGAUUCACCAGGGGGAACCACUAUUGAGGGAAUAACUAGGUCUGAGCAGGACGGU